ACGACUACCCGACGGUGUCGCUCCCGAUCACCACAACGAAGACGAGCAGACGGAGCUGGCCCUUUGGGUGGGCCCCGCCACGACCUUCAUCAGUUCUUCGAGGGGGGUCUCCCCGUGGUCCCUGGUCAACCUUGACAAAGACGGCACGUGACAGGCGACGUGCCGAGCUGCUUCGACGCCGACACCUUCUCGCAUGUUGAAGGAGGCUGCCGUAUCGAGUGGAAGGCGGAGGUUCCCCCACCAUCGGGCCUACGCCGUCCAUACUCUUGAGGACCUGGGAGCGCCCGCCAGGGUAGCGUUGUUGGUGAAGCCUGGAUCGUGUGGUGGCGUCCGAGGUCAUAUUACUAUCCACGACUACACCGUCGGUGCUUCGAUGACUGCCUUCUUUCUCUGAUGGAGCUGCUGCUCGUGGGUGGUUGACUACGGCCAAUCUCAACUGGAGAUUUUUUUCCGUUGUAAAUGUGUGUGUCUUGAGCCGUUCGUUGUGUGAUGCAUGCUAUGCUGCUACCCUUUGGUGGUGGCAGCGGUGGUGGUGGAGUUAGAGCUUCUGAUUGUAGCUCGGCUUCUGUCGUGCUGAAAGCGUGGGUAUUCUGUUCAAAGUGGAGAGACCCUUUGUAUAACGAACGCUGAUAAUGUUCUUCGAGACGGGGAUAAGUAAAUCAAAUUUGAUCCUUUCUUGUUCAACCUGUGGUGCUCCUCUCGUCCCCUGAUGUGGUGUACGGUGCUGUAGUGUGCUGUGCUGUUGCCGU